UCUAGGUAGUUUGGGUUAUUCGAUGUAUAUAGAAUGAAUCAAAGGUGAUUCGUAUGAUCUAAUGCUCAUAUUUUAGGUGUAGGUCUCUCAUGAAAACGCUGUAUCCCUGGUAAAGCAACGGCCCCCACGGCUGUAUCAAUUUUAUUAAAGAGGGACUAGCACAUGCUGUACUAUGCCGGGUCGGCGCCGCAUCGGUGUACCGUGUGGAGCUCAUGUGGGGCAAAAACGCCGUUGUCAGCAGCCACCCGGUAAAAUUUUAAAAUUUCUCCAAAAAAGCUAAGACCGGGAUUACGCAUCGCAAUCGCCCGAGAGGUAAUUUCCUUCCUUUAACAUUUAAAAAAAAAAUACAUAGAUCAAACGAUGGCGAAGCCCAAAUCGUUUCUAAAACAAUCGAAGUCGAAGCCGAAAAAUGAGCAGAGACUUGAUGCGGCAGAUGACUAUCAAUCUGCCGGCGUUGAGUUCGAAGAAGCGGCUGGAAAAUGGCGUGCGGGAGAUGCCGCAAAAUCCAUGAGAUUCUUCCAGCGUGCCGUUGACGUCUAUGAUCAAGGUCUACAGAAGUUCCCUCAAAAUGCUGAUCUCGCCUAUAACAAAGCCCGAGUACAACUGGAGAUGGCCACACAUCCUAUUCUAGUAGAUCAGUUACCACGGCCUUUAAAGGUCGUGUUAGAAGAAGCCUUAGCCUCGCAUCGAUAUUCGUUGCAGCUAGACCCGGACAAUGCCGAUGCUCUCUUCAACACCUCUCAAGUGCUCACAACCAUCGCCGAGGUAAUGGCCUCUGACGAAGAUGAUGAAGACUCGAAAUCUGAGGCUGAGGCGCUAAAGGUGCUUCGAGAGGCUCUCGAAUUGCAGAGUAGAUGUCUUAAUGUGCAGGAGCGGAAGUAUCGUGAAUUCCUCGAGCAGGAACGGACUGCGGAUGAACAAGGAGACGUGAUGAACGACCCCACACCUGCUGCUGAUUCAGUAGAAGACUCAGUGUCGGGUAAUGUCGAUGAUGACGGGGAGUGGUUUAACGUUAUCGAACCAGUCACUAGAGACACCCUCAUCGACACAUUACUCGCGCAACUAGGCACUCUUACCACCUUCUGCAGCAUCCUGAGCUCCUUGCCGAGUGCUGCUCCCGCAAACACGCUUCCUUGGGUCGAGGAGCUUUCGGCGAACCUCCUAGGGAAGAUGCAGACAAUAUCCCAUGACCAGCCAGAGAGGUUACAAGAAAUUGCUCUAGCAAAAGGAAAUUUGGCAUCAGCGAUGCUGGAAGCAGGAUACAGAUCUGGCAAAAUCGAUGCCGAAACCUACAAGCGAGAAAGAGAUUCGGCAUUUUCCGCCACUGAACUUCAGCUCGAAAGAUCAGUCGAAGGUCUUCUAGCAAACGCACGGUCUCUCCUUGCGCUUUAUUCCGCUCUGACCGAAGCUGAAAAUGGAGAUGCCCAAUCCCAAUCAACGCUCCGAUGGAACGUUCUCACUGCAAGCAUAGCCAACUUAAAAUCCGCGUCGGCGAUACAGGGAAUUUCCCAAGACGACCUAGUCACCACGCAUCUACUUCGCGGCGAUGCAUCCUUGUACCUCUGCGCCAUGGCUUUCCCACCUACAUCGCAUCAAACAGCCGUGUACUAUCGCAACGCGAGCAGACUGACUCAGGACCGGGAAGAGAAGGACGUCUCUUCUAUGAAGUCAGCUGUCGCCCAAUACAUGCAAGCUUACUCUCAGGGGCAAGCGCAUGGCGAUAUUGGCAACCUUCUGAACGUGAGCCCCCGAGGCCCAGAGUGGGCUAUCAGACAGGUCGAAGAUAUGGUGGCGGACAAUCUCGUACCUCCUGGCCUGUUUUCGUAG